ACAAGGGGAAACGCAAAAUGGCGAUCGGUCCCACAACAUAGACUUGUGAUAUUUCAGUUGUCGUUGAUUAUAAACGCUACUGCCACAUGGAUGAAUAAGAUCGCAUUCGCACAUCACUUGUUGCACACGCACUGCAUUUUUCAGCCAAAAUGGAGAAGGAGGAGACAGCAUUGGCUUUAAUCAGAUAUUAUUGCAAUGAAAAAUAUUUUAACCAUGCAGUGAAUGCUGCAGCAUCUGCUCUGACAAAAUUCAGAGGUGACCCUGUCCUCACGUUCUUCCAUGCAUAUGGCUCUUUCAUGCAAGAUUCAAUUCAAGAAGCUACAGCAGAGUUGCACACUCUGAAAGAUGCACAAGAUGUGUCUCUGUGCACUCUCAUGGCACUUGUCUAUAUUGAGAAGAAAAAGACAAAACCAGACAGAGACGUUAUACAGGAACUUGAAGCUAAAAUCAAGGAGAAUCGCAAAAGUGCUUCUGCCCAAAGUCUUUACCAUGCCGGUAUGUUUCUCUGGCUACUAGGCCGAAAUGAUAAAGCGAGAGAAUACACAGAGCGAAUGAUCAAACUCUCCAAUGGCUCCAAAGUGGGUAUAAUUCUGAAAGGAUGGAUAGAUGUGACGUGUGGAAAAGAUGCAUAUGCCAGAAAGGCUGGAAAAUACUUUGAUGAAGGGCUGAGGGAUGAAACAGAUAUUUUUGCUUUGAUGGGAAAGGCGCAAUACUAUGAAUAUCGUCAGAACUAUUCUGGAGCAUUAGAUGUGGUUAACAAGGUUAUUGCCAGUUUCCCUGGGUUCUUGCCUGCUCUUAUUAAGAAGAUGAAACUGUUUUUAAACCUCCAAGACUGGGAGCAAAGCACAGAGGCAGCAAUCAGACUUUUACAAAUGGAUAAAAACAACCUGGAUGCACUACAGAUGCUAACACUGCAUUCCUUAUGCAAAAAUGGAGAUAUUGCUGAGUCAAUCAAGCACCUUUCCAACCUCAACAGCAGUCUGGAUCUGUUGGAACCACGCAACCCAGAGCUUGUUUAUAGAAUGUCUCUCCCAUUCAGCCGAGUUUGUGGGCGAAAUGACAAAAUCCUCGAGCAGGUGUUCAGAAUGGUGGAAAAAGCCAACUCCAUGACACAAGGGAACUCGGAUUUAGCCACGGAGCUUGGCUUCCUCAUGGUUCUUCAGGGUAAAAUCAAGGAGGCCAUAAAGUGGUACAAGACAGCUAUGACUUUGGAUGAGACAAGCCUUUCUGCACUGACUGGUAUAAUUCGAUGCCAGCUGAUAGAAGGCCGCCUUGAUGAUGCAGACCAACAACUGGAAUUUCUUACGGAAAUUCAACAAUCCAUAGGAAAAUCAGGGGACAUCCUCUACUUGCGUGCGCUUGUAGCAAUUAAAAAGCGCAACUCCCAGGAAGAGGUAACCAAGCUCCUGAACGACGCCGUGGAAACCCACUUGUCUACUCUCCAGGGUCUACCUCUGGGUGCAGAGUACUUUCAGAAGCUGAACCCUGACUUCCUGCUACAGAUUGUCAAGGAGUACCUUGCUCUGUGUCCCACUAAGCCUCCAGCUCAGGGGCUGUCUCCUGCUCCUCAACUCAGGCACUGUGCGGCAUUGUUGGAUACGGUGGUCAAGAUAGUGCCAGGCCUCCUUCAAGGAGUCUAUCUGCAGGCCAAAGUCAGAUUUCAGUCUGGAGACAUUGACAGUGCUCAGAGCAGUUUACAUCACUGCCUGGAACAGUGUCCUUCUCAUAUGGACUCUCAUCUGCUCAUGGCACAAAUCCACUUGUUGCGGGGAAGCUUUACUUCGUGUUCCCAGUCGCUUGAACUCUGCCUCAGCCAUAACUUUGAGAUUCGAGAACAUCCCUUGUAUCUCCUGAUCAAAGCCCAGACAAAGAAAAAAGUGGGUGAACUUACUGAGGCUAUUCAAAUUUUGCAAAUGGCAACGAGUCUUCCUGGGAUCUGCAGGGCUGGAUCAUCAGCUAAGUCCAAGAACAAAAAGAUCGAACUGAGUUCUGCCGACACUGUGUCUAUAUUUUUGGAGUUAGCUGAGGCCUUGUGGCAAAAUGGAGAACAGCAUGAAGCAGCCAAGGUAAUGCAGGAUGCCAUUAAUGAGUUCUCAGGGACACCCGAAGAGCUCCGUGUCACUAUUGCCAAUGCAGACUUGGCUUUGCUUCGAGGUGACACAGAGUUGGCACUGAGCAUGCUCAGAAACAUUACACCUGAGCAGCUGUAUUACAUCCAAGCCAAAGAGAAAAUGGCAGAGAUUUACCUGAACCACAAAAAGGAUAAACAUCUGUAUGUGAGCUGUUACAGGGAAAUGGUGGAUAAAAUACGUGGUCCUCAGACAUGUGUCUUACUAGGGGAUGCUUACAUGCACAUUUUAGAGCCAGAAAAAGCAAUUGAGGUGUAUGAGCAUGCUCUAGAGAAAAACCCCAAAGAUGGUGCUCUUGCAAGCAAGUUUGGGAAAGCUCUGGUUAAAACUCAUUUUUACGCCAAGGCAAUACAUUACUAUGAAGCUGCAUUAAGAUCUGAGCAACAGAACUUCUUGCGCUAUGACCUGGCCGAGCUGCUGAUGAAGAUGAAACAAUACGAGCGAUGUGAGAGACUUCUGCAUGAUUCUCUCUCCCAUGAACCAGUGAAUGAACUGACUGCCCUCUCAGAUGAUUGCCGCUAUCUAAUGCUGUUGGCAAAGGUCCAAAAUAAGGUUGAUAAAACCGAGGAAGCGUUAACAUCCCUACAAAGAGCCCGGGAUGUGCAGGCGAAGGUCCUAAAGCGUGUGGAAUUGGAGGAGCCUGACGCCAUCCCCAUGCAGAAGCAGCUCGCUGCCAAGAUCUGUGCCGAGAUCGCUCAACACUACACGAGCCAGAGGGGCUACGAGAGAGCAAUCAAGUUCUACAAAGAAGCUCUUGUUUACUGUGAAACGGAUCACAAGGUGAUGCUGGAGUUGGCACAGAUUUUCCUCACCAUAGAUGAGGUUGAUUCAUGCCAGGAACAAUGUAGUGUCAUCUUGAGGAACGACCAGUUUAAUGAAGAUGCAACUAUCAUGAUGGCUGACCUUAUGUUCAGGAGACAGGACUAUGAGCAGGCUGUCUUUCGCUAUCAACAACUCUUGGAUCGUAAGCCAGACAACUACCCAACUCUGUCACGUCUCAUUGACUUGCUGAGGAGGGCAGGAAAGUUGGAAGAUGUGCCUAAAUUUUUUGAUAGGGCAGAGAAACAUUCUUCUCGGGCCAGGUUUGACCCUGGUUUUAACUACUGCAAAGGGCUUUAUCUUUGGUACACAGGAGAACCUAAUGCUGCUCUGCGACAUUUCAACCAAGCACGGAAGGACAAUGAUUGGGGUCAAAAUGCAAUUUAUAACAUGAUUGAAAUCUACCUAAAUCCUGACAGUGACACAAUGGGAGGAGAAGUAUUUGAAAAUUUAGAUGGGGAAGUUGGGAACUCGACAGAGAAGAAAGAGACGGAGCAGGUUGCAGUGACAACUGCCGAGAGACUUGUAAAGGAGAUAAAGCCGCAGACACCCAGUGGACAUAUCCAGCUCCGUAUCCUGGAGAACUACUGCUUAUUGGCCACUAAACAGAAAGGCAAUAUUGAGAAAGCGCUCGCUGUUUUCACUGAGUUUGCAACCAGUGAGAAAGACCACGUGCCAGCAUUGUUAGCCAUGGCAACGGCAUACAUGAUGUUAAAACAAACUCCUCGAGCCAGGAACCAACUGAAACGUAUAGCAAAGAUGACAUGGAAUAUUGUUGAUGCUGACGAGUUUGAGAAGAGUUGGCUGCUCCUGGCUGACAUCUACAUCCAUUCAGGGAAGUACGACUUGGCAGAUGACCUGCUAAAGAGAUGUCUCAACCAUAACAAGUCAUGCUGUAAAGCUUAUGAGUAUCGGGGUUUUAUAAUGGAAAAAGAGCAGGCAUUCCGAGAUGCAGCAUUCAACUAUGAACUGGCCUGGAAAUAUGGAAAUCAGUCCAACCCAACCAUCGGAUACAAGCUUGCUUUCAACUACUUAAAAGCAAAGCGCCACUUUGAUGCCAUCGAUGUUUGCCACAAGGUUCUUGCUGCUCAUCCAAACUAUCCAAAAAUGAGGAAGGACAUUUUGGACAAAGCUCGUGCUGCCUUAAGACCUUAGAUCUUGAACACCUGUUUAAGUAUGGAUAAAAGAACACUAAAACUUUGGUUCAACAUUUUGCAGUUACUUUCUGGAUAUUUGUGACUUCAGAAAUUGUCCAACCAUUAAUGUGGCAUAUACAGUGCCCUCCAUAAUUAUUGGCACCCCUGGUUAAGAUGUGUUUUUUAGCUUCUAAUAUUUUUUUUCGAAAUAAUAUGGGACCUUAAUGGAAAAAAAGAGAAAAAUCCAACUUUCAAUACAAGUGCAUUUAUUCAGUGGGGGAAAAAAAUCCCACAUAAAGAAAUAAUUAUUUGACAUCAAAUAAUGUGUGUCACAAUUAUUAGCACCCCUAGUGUUAAUACUUUAUACAACCCCCUUUUGCCAACAAAACAGCACCUAAUCUUCUCCUAUAAUGUUUCACACGAUAGGAAAAGACAGAAAGAGGGAUCUUUAGCCAUUCCUCCUUGCAGAAUCUCUCUAAAUCAUUCAGAGACCUGGGCCCUCUCCUCUGUACUCUCCUCUUCAGCUCACCCCACAGGUUUUCAAUGGGGUUGAGGUCUGGGGACUGAGAUGGCCAUAGGCGGAGCUUGAUUUUGUGUCUGGUGAACCAUUUCUAUGUAGAUUUGGCCAUAUGUUUAGGGUCAUUGUCCAGGGUUCAGUCUGAACCAAAAAUUUCAAGGGCUUUUUAGGGGCAUUCUUAGGGGCUGACACGAAAAAUUUAGGGCCGACACGGAAAAAAUUUAGGGCUGACACGAAAAAUUUAGGGCCAUCGUGGGAAAUCAAGAGGAAGGAAAAAAGACUCAUCCAAUGGUGCCAUCAACCGUUCUUGGUUCAUCAAAUGUUCCAGUACCUCAGUACCUGUGACAGUGAUCACCUGUCGCCCCUUGUGGUAGUUGUCAUUGAUAUGACCAUUGUCAAUGUCUUCACAUAACAGUCUACAGAAAAACAGAUUCUAACUACAAUUGCAACUAUAUACACAAAUGUCUUCUACUGAUGUCUGUCUUAGCACCCCUACUCUAGCUUCUUGAGCCUACCCAGCGCCUCCUCUAUUUGUUGCCGCAGAGGUGCCAAAGUGGCUCUCUUGUCCUUUGCUCUGCCUCUGAGUGCAUUGGCCUAGGUGAUAAACCUCAGAUUCCUCUUUUCUUCUGCCUCCUCACACAGCCUGUCAGCCUUCUCAAUAAGCAUAGAUAUGUCAGUCUCUAUUCCCUGUAGCUCAGUGGGUAGAGCACUGGUUUGGUAAACCAGGGGUUGUAGGUUCGUAUCCCACUGGGGCCUCCACUCCCUGAGAAGGGUUGCGUCAGGAAGGGCGUCCGGCGUAAAAAUUGUGCCAGACAUAUAUGUGCGUUCAUCUGAGAAGGGACAAGCCGAAAGAAGAUGUCAGUCUCUAUUCUGGCUUUUUUGGCAUUGAGGAAGUACAGAUGAAAAGUGGGCAGCAAUGCCUAAUGUAGCCAGGUACGAAGUCUUCCUUUCCCCACAGUGGUAGUUUUUAGCAAUGUCACUGUCUGGGAACAUGACUGCAAACACUUUUGAAUUAUUUUCACAAGAUUUGUAACUGUAAUGGUUGCAGAUCACUCUUAAAGUCCACACGAUCUCUGCCUUUAACGAGUCCGUCUUCAUGUAUUGAACUACGUUCAUAAACCCUGACUUCCGGCUGGUUGAAGUCAAUGACUGGACAACUGUAGGUGCGCAUGCACUGCUAGUACCACUGCCUGAAAUUGAUGCUUCACUAUCUUGAUAUUUUAGAAACAGAUUCAUACCAACAGAAGAUGAGAGACUCUUCGCCUAAUCAGCGUGUCUCCUGUUUUUCCGGUGCGACUCCAGCGCUUUGAUGCCCAUCUUUUCAAGCUGGUAACUCUGCUUGCACAGAUGGCAGUAAAACAUGUGCCGAUCUUUUGCAUCUGGACGAACCCAGCUCCCGAACUCCUUACUUUCAACCCAAGUAUAUUGAAAAAUGCACUUCCCCAUGAUACAAGUUGGAUCUAUGAAAGAACUACGCUACGUCGUAACGAAGACGAAGUGAAAUGCCUACUCACUGAAACAAACAAUGGAAUAUUGACAAGAUGGCGACAAGUUGUCAACACGGUGACUUCCGUUGACAAUUUCCGGCUGUUUUGGACGCCAGACAGAUCGCUAUUUUUUUUAAAAUAAAAGAUGUUUUUUUUAGGGAGAAUUUUGGCGGUAGAGUUCCUCCCUUUGAUUUUUUUUUUUUUUUUAAUUUAAGGCCUUUUUAGGGGCUUGACCGGUUUUCACGGAUUUUUAAGGACUUUCAUGAGCCCCUAAAUGCACCUUCGAAAAUUUAGAGGGUUUUAGGGACUUUUAGGGCCACGUGCGAACCCUGUUGUCUUGCUGAAAGACCCAGUGACGACCCAUCUUCAGGUUUCGGGCAGAAGGCAACAGAUUUUGAUUUAAAAUGUCCUGGUAUUUCAAAGCAUUCAUGAUGCCAUGCACCCUAACAAGGUUCCCAGGGCCUUUAGAAGCGAAAGAGCCCCACAGCAUCACUGACCCACCCCCAUACUUCACAGUGGGUAUGAGGUGCUUUUCAGCAUGCGCAUCUUUUGUAGCACGCCAGACCCACUUAGAGUGUUUGUUGCCAAAAAGCUCAAUCUUGGUCUCAUCUGACCAAAGCACACGGUCCCAGUUGAAGCCCCAAUACCGCUUGGCGAAUUCCAGACGUUUGCUUUUAUGAUUGGGAGUGAGGAAAGGUUUUCUCCAUGCAGCCUCCCAAACAGCUUGUUGGCGUGUAGACAGAUUUGAUUUGGAGACUUUGUGACCCCAGGAUGCUACCAUUUGUUGUAAUUCUGUAACAGUGAGCUUUGGAGAUCUUUUGAUUUCUCUUACCAUUCUCCUCACUGUGCGUGGUGGCAAAAUAAACUUGGGUCCUCGUCCAGGCUCGUUUACCACUGUUCCAGUUGUUUUGAAAUUCUUUAUUAUUCCUCUCACAGUGGAUAUGGGUAGCUGCAGUUGAGUGGCAAUCUUCUUGUAGCCUCUGCCUGACCCGUGAAGGUCGACGCAGAUCUGCCUCACUUGUAUGCUGUGUUCCUUUGUCUUUCCCAUGUUUAAGAGUGGAUAAGAGAAAUGGCCUCUGUGUCACGUCAUAUUUAUACCUCAGGGAAACAGGAAGUGAUGAAUGAGUAAUUAAAUGUUCCUACAUACAUAUGAAACAUACAUACUACAUAUGAAAAAUAAUUAUUUUUAGUCAGGCAUUUUUUUAUUUUCUUACAAUUCAUUUGAGUUGAAGGAUACAUUUUUCUAAAACUUUCAGUGUGACAGUAUUCUUCUGCAAUAAACACUGAAUUUAUUUUAAGGCUUUUAACAGAUCUUAACCAGGGGUGCCAAUAAUUACGGAGGGCACUGUAACUUGCAUUCUAUCUGAAGAAGCCUGUCAGCUUUGUGGUUGUACAGGUUGUAGGUCACAUCACUAGUGGAAAAAAUUUGGUAAGUUUUUAUUUUUUACAAUACAGUUUAAAAAUAUGGCAUUAGAACAAACGUCUGUAGACUUUUUGUAACCAUAGUAUAUACCCUUAUGUGACACAGGCGGCUCAUGUAGUUGAAGGUAGUUCUUUCAUAGUUUACUUUAAAUUCUGUAUUUUUUUUAUCAUUCAUCUCCAAUGUAAAGUAAAUAUCCAAAACACAAUAAAUAAAGAUUAUUUUUGUAUUGU